AAAAUUAAGGUAGCAGCUUUGCGCAUGUACACGUGCUGUGUGGAGAAAACUGACUACGAGGAGUUUUUUAAGAGGUGCCAAAUGCCUGAUACUUUGAAUUCAUGGUUUCUAGUAGCCCAGCUGCAUGUCUGGAUGUGUCUGGUACGAAUGAAGCAGGAGGGUCGCACAGGAAAAUACAUGUGUCGCUAUAUAGUUCACUGCAUGUGGGAGGACGUUGAACAGCGUGGUAAGGUGAUGGGGAUUAAUUCUGUUGUUCUAAAGGAAGACUUGAGAAGUAUGGCAGAAAAUUUCUAUGCAGCUCUGUUUGGAUAUGAUGAGGGAAUCUUGUCUGAUGAUCAUGUUCUGGCAGCAGCACUUUGGAGAAACCUUUUUAACAGGAACUGUGAGGACCCUCGGCAUCUGGAAUUACUUGUAGAAUAUGUGCGCAAACAGGUGCAGCACCUGGAUGCGCUGAGCGGGGAUGACCUGCUGCUGACGGGGGAGGUGAGCUGGCGGCCGCUUGUGGAGAGCAAUGCCCGCAGCAUCCUCAAGCCCCUUUCCCCUGUGUACAAUGACGAAGGACUCUGA